UUUGUUUUUUUUUUCAAAAUAUAGAUGCGUCCGCCAUCUCUUUUGCAUUCGUAUAUGUAUCUAUCGAUACCUGCUUGGAAAACAAUAAUUCUGCGUAUAUACGUAUGAAUGGGGACGAAGAACAGGCGAAUCAACAGUCGGCGGCGGGUCUCCAGAAUCGGCAGCUACGCAAUUGCCUCGUCAAUCAAAGACCCAACCUGUGUUUCCUGCACAACUUUCAAUAUUCUCGCCCCUAUUUACAAAAGGAUCAGUCACAAGGAUCCGAGUUACAGAGAGAGUGAUGUGAAGGAUUUUUGGCUGAAUAGGAACAAAAGGAUUUUGGAUUGGUUGCUAUAUGAGAGAGCUUCUAUUAUCUGCCUUCAGGAAUUCUGGGUUGGGAACGAAGAGUUGGUUAGUAUUUACGAUAAGAGGCUCGGAAAUGCUGGCUAUAACAGUUUCAAGCUUGCCAGGACAAAUAAUCGAGGAGACGGUCUCCUAACUGCUGUGCAUAAGGACUACUUUAGAACCAUCAGCCACAGAGAGUUGCUUUUCAAUGAUUUCGGAGACCGUGUUGCUCAACUGCUACACGUCGAGUUAAUCGUGCCUUUCUCACAAUAUCGAAACAAUAACACACGCCACGAAAUUCUAAUAGUGAACACUCAUUUACUGUUUCCUCAUAAUUCGAGUUUGUGCUUGGAGCGUCUGCGUCAGGUCUACAGAAUAUUGCAGUAUGUGGAGUCAUACCAAAAGGAAAACAAUCUCAACCCUUUACCUAUUUUACUCUGCGGUGACUGGAAUGGGAGCAAAAAGGGUCAUGUUUACAAGUUUCUUAGGGCUCAGGGAUUUAUAUCUUCGUACGAUGCUGCACAUCUAUAUACAGAUACAGAUGCACAAAAGUGGGUGAGCCACCGUAAUCAUCGUGGAAACAUUUGUGGUGUAGAUUUUAUAUGGCUUCUCAAUCCCAAUAGAUAUAUGAAAUUACUUAAAACAAGCUGGAGCGAAGCACUCUCUGGAAUGCUCAAGCAUCAACUAAGGCGAGCCUUAGUAACAGAGGACGAUGCAUUUGCCUUUCUAAAAGCAAAUAGCCAUGGCCAUUACAUCACCUACUCUGGCUUCUACGAAGCAUUGUGCCAGCUUAAUUUGGUUGGCCACAGCCAUGGGCUCAGUUCUGAAGAGAUUAAAGAACUGUGGGAGCAAGUAGAUAUUGAUGGAAAUGGUGUUCUUGACUAUGUAGAAUUUAAGAAGCGAAUAUGGAAUGCAUGCUCAGACCAAAUAGAUGAAGUGAGGGGCAAGGUAUUGGAUGAUGUCAUAAACAAGACAGAGCAAACUAUUGGAUUCAGUGUAAAAAACGCAGUUCUCUUCCCUACAGAAGUAGAGAAAGGGAAAUGGCCCGAAGAUUACUCUCUAUCCGACCACGCUCGACUAACUGUUGUCUUUUCACCGGUGAGAAUGCCAUGCUUACGGCUGACAUCAUCAUAGAAUCUUCCAGAAGAUUUCUCGGUGCAACAAAAGAGAUAAACAAAAAAUCGAGGAUUUGUAUGCUUUUCCACAAAGGUUAAUGGCUCCUCAAAUCUAUGUGGCAUGGGCCAGCCAAGGUGGACUGUACAAGUACAAAGUAACCUUGUUUUUAGUAGGUUCGUAUUUAGAUAAGAGAACGAUGGAGAAAACUGGAUAAUUUAUUUAACCGUGGGCUCCUCUCGUAGUUUAGUGAGAUUGUCGUAUUAGAGGGAUUACUGUUUCUCUUGAAACAUAAGACAAUUUUCUUUUUUUGGAGUUUACGGUUCUUGAUUUCGUGGCUAUUAUCAGCUUUUAGUAGUGCCUCGGAUCGAAGAAGAACAAUCGGAGAAUCGAGUGGUUAUAUAUAGCUGAACAUCAUCCAUGAAGUUGAAGAGUGACAAAGCAAGAAACAUGCACAAGCCAGAUGAGUUGAACGAAUGAACGAUAACCAGAGUUCGAAGAUUAUUUUUCUUCUGUCAGGUCAGAAUAUUCAUUCGUCACGAUUUUUUCUUCAUCGUCCGAGCAGUACAUAUUAUGUUUAUUGUGCUAUCCAAUGUUUUUUUUACUUUGGAUAGAGGAAACUUGUGUUGUAUAUAUGAAGUUGUGGAGCACAUUUAUACGGAAGUUACCAAGAAUCACAGAUAAACUGAAAUUAGUUCAAUUUUUUUCUUCUUUUUUUAAAUACAACGGGCUUUCUUGUUAUGAAAAACCCGAAACUCACAUGCGACUUUGUGGCAAAUGUAAUUUAGUUUAGGGCAGAUUUCGUGGAAAGAAAAUUGUCGGAGGAUUAAAA